AUGUUGGAUCAGAGUGCCUGGCACCUCCUCCCCCUCACCAGCUCCAUGCUGGCCCUGCUGCUGGCCCUGCUGUCUCCUGCAGCUGUGGCUGGCUGCAGCGGGGGCCAGGUGCAGAGGCAACUCAUCCUGGCCAAAGUCAAGGCUCAUUUCCUGGAGUUCCUUGGUCCUGCACCCCAAGCCGGCAGGGUUCAGGUGGGCCAAAGGGGACUCCACAGGCGACAUGCCUCAACUGCCCGCAGCUGGGAGGAAAAGGAUACAUCCCAAGUGAUCAUCUUCCCCUCCACAGAUGUGCCAUGUGAGCCACCUCGGCCCCUGGAGCUCCCAGAGGACUCAGGGGUUUUCACCUACUUCUUCCAGCCCUCCCCUCAUGCCCUGAGCCGUGUGGUGACCUCGGCCCAGCUGUGGUUCUACACAGGGCCGGUGAAAGUGCAGAGCAGCCGUCCCUCAGAUGAAGCAUCCAACAGCUCCACGCCAGGGGCCGAGAUCCUAAAGCUCUCCAAAGAAGGCCGGGUCCCAGUGGCCACCAUGGCAGUGCCGGCCGCGGAGGGCUGGACGGUCUUUCACUUUAGCAACUCCUUCUUACCUCAUUUUGCCCAGAAGAUAUUUGUGCUGUUAAUUCGCUGCCCUGGCUGCCCUUGCAUGGCAGAUGCUGAAAAGAUGCCCUUCCUUGUGGCGGCCACCAAACCCAAGAGCCGUGACCGGGCCCCACGCUCCUUGGUACUGAGGCCCUCAGCUGCCCUCAACCUGCUGCAGAGACCCUCAGAUGAUGCCGCAGACCAUGCCAACUGCCACCGGGCCUCCGUCAACAUAACCUUUGAAGAGCUGAACUGGAGCCACUGGAUUGUGCACCCCAGUAGCUUUGAGUUUCACUACUGCUACGGGAGCUGCUCAGACACCUACACAAUCAAGUCCAACGUCCAGCUGUGCUGUGCGGCCCUGGUGAGCACCAUAAAAUCGCUGCGAGUCCGCACCACCACAGAUGGGGGCUACUCCUUCCAGUAUGACUCCUUGCCCCUGCUCACCCAGGAUUGUGUCUGCCUAUAG